AUGAGUCUGGGAGCGCGCGCCACCAAAGGUGGUGCGAAGGCGGGCGGCAAGGAUGGCAAGCACGCACAGGAUAAGGGCAAGCCGACAGAGAAGCCGCAGCCGAAGGAGAAGGUCAAGCUACAAGCCACGACAGAACAACUCCGAAUGGCAAACAUGAUUGACCGCAAAAGCGAGGACGCCACCGAUGUCCGGAGAAUGGUGACAGAGCUGAUGGAGAUGACUUGCUGCACAGAGGAGGAGGUGUGCUCGGCGCUUCACGAUUCCGACAACGACAUGGUGGCGGCCUGCAACCUCCUGCUAGAAGAGAGCCAGCGGAUACAGGGCGAGUGGCAAACGAACGAGAAGAAGAAGAAGAAGCCGCCCGCCGCCGCCGGCAACGGCGAGCUGGAGCCGCCUCGAGACGCCCGAGAGCGGGACGCGCGCAGCCGCUCCGGACCGCGGACCAGGCGCGGCGAGGGCGAGGGCGGUCGCGGCAGGGGCGGCGCGGGGCGCGGCAGGGGCGCGGCGCGUGGCGGCAGGGGGGCGGCCAGGGGCGGACGGAGGGGCGGUGCGCGAACCCGCCCCCCGCGCGACUCUCACUGGUCCGCCGACGCCGGCGAGCACGGUGGCAACAUGUGCGAUUCAUUCCCCACCACAGAAGACUGGGACAACGAGGAGUGGUCUGGCUCUCUAUCGGAUACCAAAGUGUUCACUCCGAGUGUGAAUGCACAGACCGCCGCAGCAGAUCUCGACAAUGCUCCUUCGCAGGAUGCAACGGAGGAUUGGGAUAGUCCCGCGGAGACGAACGGUCCGACGGACGGCCACAUCACCACUUACACAUACCACAACACCAAUCAGACCCAUCACCACCACACCAUGCUUGAGCAACAGAUGGGUGGAGCGGCCAAGGUGGAGCCGCCGCCCGCAGAAGCACACAUCGCUCACCACCACCAGCCGAUGGGUAUGUCCGGCAGCUUAAGCGCAGCACAGUCUCAGUAUCUUUCGCAGCUGACUCAGCAAUCUCAACGCCACGAUGCUAACGUGUACACGAGCAACUACGGCGUCUACGGUUCUGCGGACAUCAGUGGCCAGAGGAAGACCCAGAGGGCAAGGGUCCCACCGCCGUCCAAGAUCCCUUCGUCGGCGGUGGAGAUGCCCGGCGGCGGCGAAUCCAGCGGCGCCAUGUUCCUGGACGUGCAGUUCGGAGCCCUGGAGCCGGACGCCCUGCACGAGCCGGCGCCGCCCCAGCCCCAGCCCCAGCUCCAGCCGCAGCCGCAGCACCAGCCCCAGCACCAGCCCCAGCACCAACCGCAGCACCAGCCCCAGCAUCAGCCGCAGCACCAACCUCAGCACCAGCCGCAGCUCCAACCGCAGCACCAGCCCCAACACCAGCCGCAGCACCAGCCCCAGCACCAGCCCCAACACCAGCCGCAGCACCAGCCGCAGCACCAGCCGCAGCACCAGCCGCAGCACCAGCCGCAACACCAGCACCAACCCCAGCACCAGCAUCAGGCACAGCAACAGCACCAGGUGCAGACGCAACACGCGCCCACAGCCCACACCCAACCUCCCAAGGUGCCUUCAGCCACGGAAACCUCCACCGGGGCCGCUGUCCACGAAGUGGCCUCGGAGGCUCCCGGCACCAACUACCCCACUUCCAAUGCCAUGUUGAACGAAAGUUUAUCAGUGGUUGAUACGACACCAGCCAGCCAGCCAGUUGCGUCCGAACCGUCUGUCACGAACGCGACGUCGUUAGAGAAGCAGCUGUCGGCGUCGAUGAAGCAGCUGUCCGUGUCGGCGGUGUCCGGUGUGUCGGCGGUGUCCGCAGUGUCGGGAGCGGUGUCGGCGGUGUCGGGCGCGGUGUCGGCGGCGGCGGCGGCGGCGGCGGAGGCGAACGCGCCCGUCAGCGCUGCACCGGCUCCGGCACUACACGCCCCGCCCCAUUACGCACACCACAGGCCAAAGACAGUGGGACAGCAGAAUGUCUACCCACACCAUGCUGUAUCACAUCAUCCGCCUGUGUACGGUGCCAAUGUGUAUGCACCACAGGUGAACUCAACAAAUGCUUCACUGACAGGGGCCUCUGGCAUGACUGCUACGGCCUACCCCUCCAGUGUAACUCUCACACAGUACCAGCCAAUGAUCAAUUCAUAUCAGACUUCUGCAUCGGCUGGCGCGUACGGUGGCAGUGCGUUGUAUACAGCGGCGCCAUACACCGCAUACCAGCCCUCGCCACAGCCUAAACCCCAGCCGAAGGAACCCCAUCAGUAUGACAAUUCCGUUGCAUCAAGCAACAGCCUCACUAGCACGUCCACGACGCAGACCUCAACGGCCAAAGUUACGACCACGACAGUGAGCGGGACGAGUGCGACCGCUACGAACGCGGCGGGCAUGGGCGCUACGACGGGCGGUGCUACGGCGGCGAGCGCUGCUGCCGGCGGCGCUACGGCGGGCUACGCGGGCGGCGCGCUUUACGGCGCGGCAGGCGCGCCGGCCGCCUACACCUACGACGAGCAGCUGAUGCGAGGCGCUCUGCCACACCAUAUGGGCGGGUACUACGAGGCGGGCUACGUGGCGCGGGAGGGCACCUUCGGCCUGGGCGCCGGCGACCGCUUCGGCCGCACAGACGCCGCCUCGCCGCAGCAGGUGCCGACCGCCGCUCUACCUCCAGGAUACGCUUACUUCUAUCAGCCACCUCCCACGACGUACCAGUAUGGAGUUUACCCCACGUACGGCGGCAGUUCGAGCGUGGGCGGCGUAGGCGGCGUGGCCGGCGUGGGCGUCUCUGGCGGCGCGAAGGUCUCCGCCUACUCCCAGCAGCAGCAGCCACCUUAUGAUGCGCAGGACUCGUACAAACCUGGCGGCGCCUAUUCCGGCAGCGGUGGUAAAGCGGCGGCUGGCGGGGCGGAUCUAGCCAACGUCAUGUACAACAAGGCGCAUGUUGCGCUAAACAAGAGCUACGAGAAGGCGACGGCGUUCCACAGCGGGACCCCGCCGCCCUUCGGCGCUGGCUCGCACCUCUACAUCCCGGCGCCGCCCCACCACCACCCCCACCACCACGCGCCCCAGCAGCACCAGAUGGAUGUUCGGGUGAACAGUAGUCAUAAUAGGCGGCAGGAGAGCGGCGCCGGUGGCGGUCGCAGCUCGUCCUCGAAACCGACCGCCAGCAAGCCCACCUACUCGCAGUCCUAUUGGGCGCCCAAU